UCCAAGGUGAAAGUUUCCCCCAUGAAAUCGGAGUCAGCGCAUCGCAAUCUGCUGGUUUGCUCUGUGUCGGGGUUUUACCCCAGGGGGAUCAAAAUCAAGUGGCUGAAGAACAGGCAGGAGCAGACGGCCGGGGCGGUGUCCACGGAGCUGCUCCAGAACGGAGACUGGACUUUCCUGGUGAUGCUGGAGAUGAGCCCCUGGCGCGGGGACGUCUACACCUGCCAGGUGGAGCACAUCAGCCUGCGGGACCCCCUCACCGUGCACUGGGAGGCACGGGCUGAUUCUGGGGGCAAGAUGCUGGCUGGGGUCGGGGACUCCGUGCUGGGGUUGCUCUUCAAGGUCCUGGGAUUGCUCGUCUGCCUGAGGAAUAAGAAAG